CUGGAGCCAUAAAGCAUAAAGGAGACAUAAAGGCAGUCACUUCAUUUGAAUUGUUUUCAUGGCACAUAAGAAGUCCUUAAUGUUUGUGGAAUGCAUGAACUAAUUUAACUGAUAGCCAGUUUCUGUAAAAUUAGCUAAAUAACUAGCUAACCAAAAGGUACUCUGAACAAUGAUGUCAACUUCUGUAGUCGGCACUGUCAAGCGAGCACCUUUCAGUAGCUCACAGUCUGCUGUAGAAGACGACAGGCAGUUGUGAUCCAGUGUGAUAAAUGCUAACGAGGAGGUAAACACAGGGUCUCUAGGAUCACAAAAGAAAGAUUCCAUGAGGGCGAAGUUAAAUCUGAAUGACGAGUGAAGGAAAAGUGGUGGGGGAAAAGGGUGGAAGGAAUGUGGUAAAUGUCUAGAGAAGGCAAAGUAGUGCAAAACCCUGUGGCACAAGAUGGGAACCUGAUACAUUUGAAAUACUUCCCUGUUCCCGGGGCAUCCUCCCAAGGUAACUGUCGGGUUUGAAGACAGUAAUAUUUGUAACGUAUUAUGAAUGAUAGCUUGCCAUAUACCUUAUGAUUAAUAAGCUCAGACUUGUAUGUAGUGAUUACUUAUUACCAGACAGUUUCUGAUAUUCAAAGAAGAGUGAAAGCAUUUCAGAGAAGGACUGCGAGUGAACGCUUCUGAAAGAUCCUGGGACUUUACCCCACCCUCUACACUAAUUGGGUACAGUCCACCUUGGUGGACUGAGUUGGCGUGGGGGGCGGGGGUUGUUGUCUUGACAACAGAUCUCAUUGGCCUGUCAAAGUGAAACUGUUGGACGAUUGGCUGCGAAGCUUUCCAGAGGCCUGCCCCGGUCGCUGAUUGGAUAAGGGGCAGCCAAACUCCCCCACUCCUUUCCCGCAGGGUUCUGUUGCUUGGCAACCGAUUUGCGACCUCCUGCGAAGCGGGCACCCAGUUACACCUGUGAAACGUAAACUACCCGACUAACGAGGGCCCCACGCUGCCCUGCGCUUACACCUCUCCCGCUCGCCGCCCGCACGGACGACACGGGUUGUGCCAGGUGCUCAUCCAAGUUUGCCUUGAGACCAGGCUGUGGGCUGGCACGGCAGUCACACACCGCAGUUGAGCACGUGCCCGGUUUCCUUCUUGAAGUCAGAGGAGAAAGAAAGUCACUGUUCUAUGUCCAAUUUAGAGCCACUUCUGUUGGGAGGACACAGCGUUCUGGGGCUCUAGAAAACAAGAUUUAUGUCGGAGUGGGACAGUGACCAGUAAUCUCAGACAUCUGUCUCAGAGUGCACCCUAGGAGUGUGGGGACAAGUGCCAGGCCCUUUGCUGCCUUAUCAUGCACCGCAGGGCUUACUUCUUGCUGGAAAGAGACUUCCAAGAGUUGAAGGAGAACAAUUUUAAGGGUAUUACUGCCUUUCCUGUAAGUGAAGAUCUGAUGGAAUGGGGAGCUAGUAUUCAAGGUCUACAGAAUACAGUUUGGCAAGGAUUAUUUUUCCAACUGACAAUAAAUUUUACAUCGGAGUACAAUUUGGUGCCUCCAGUUGUGAAAUUCUUAACAAUUCCUUUUCAUCCAAAUGUAGACCAAAAUUCUGGUCGGGCCUGUAUAGAUUUUUUGGACAACCCUGCUAAGUGGAAUACAAGCUAUACAUUGAGCAGCAUUCUAUUUACCCUCCAGGUUAUGCUUUCAAAUCCAGUGCUAGAAAAUCCAGUGAAUUUGGAAGCAGCCCAAAUGCUGAUUAAAGAUGAAUCUCUGUACAAACAAAUAGUUCUAAGAUUUUUCAACCAACCAUCACAAUUGAGAGAUGACAGGCCUGAGUCACUUAAAGAUCCAGAUAAAUUUAUCAGAUCAACUAAGGCAGUCUCAUUUAAUGAUUACUACAAGACAUGGUCUGGAAUAGCCACAUCCAAAGCCACAGAGUAUUAUAGAAGUCCAUUGCCUGAAGAUCCACAUUUUAUUGGCGAGUAUCAUAAAUGGAAGAAACUUGAAUUAAAACAUCCUAGAGAAUGGAAUCUAAAGUAUGCUGCUGCUAUGGCUCGGCUUGCCAGAGAAAGCAGAAGGCCUCACAAAGCCAAUUAUCCAACGGAAAGUGUUCAUCUCUGCCCCACUCCAAUUCAAAAUUUUCCUGAUGCACAACCUGAAAUUGAUAUCAUCAUGAAGACCGAUAGAACAAAGGAGAGGUGGAAGAGUGUAAUUUUACCAGAUGAUGUUAACACGAAUGAGUCAUGGGAAGAAGAAGUGGAAGACCUGGUCACCUGGACCAACACUCUUGAUAUAAAUGUUUUAGAUGAUUCAUCAAUUUAGAUGAUUCCUGAAGCUCCAGGAUUUAAAAAAUGAACAGCCUCAACCACAGAUCAACUUCAUGAAGCAACUUUGGAACAUGGAUUCCAUUUUUUUUCAAGUUGGACUCAUGCUCUCCAAGUACAAAUUAGAAAUAUAACUACAAAUCAGUGAAUAUGUUGCUUUGAAUUUUUUGAGCUCUACUGCAUUGUUUGAACCUAAGUUAACCAAAUUAGGGAUGUUCACUGUGGCAUUUCAAUCAAUGGUAUUAUGCCCUCAAUUGUUAGGCUUCUGGAUGCAAGUUUUUGCAGGCAAGGUAUGAAUCAGGAAGAGGCUGGGUUAGGAGGAGAGCACUCAGGAGCUUCAGAAGCGGGAUAUUAACCAAAUAGAGGGAUCUUUACAGUUGUCUACAUCUGCCUGGUUUAGUGUCUUGUUUCCUCCAUAUUCAAAGUAUGAGAUGUCAUCCAUCCACCAAUGUUCCUCUUAUGUUUUCUCCCAGAAAACAUGCUUUGUUUCCUCUUUGACCUUAAUCAAUCAUCCCCUCAUAUUCUCAUAUCUUUUUUUUUCUCCUUAUCUUUUUGCUGCAUUGCCUCAACCUGCAAAUGUGCUCAGAUCUCUCCUGGUUUUUUGUUUACCUUUGACCCUGUGUUUCUACUUCCCUCGACACUAUUUUAUUCAGGGAUACCUGACUGGCUCAGUUGGUGGAGCAUGUAACUCUUGACCCUGGGGCUGUAAGUUUGAGCCUCACACUGGGUGUAGAGAUUAAAAAUAAAAUCUUUAAAAAGAAAACAAAAGCAAACAUUGUAUUAUUCAUAUUUUCUCAGGUUUAUUGAUUAUAGUCUAUCAUUUGCCAUCUUUAUUGCUUUGGUUCACUUCACAUUGGCAUCUCACUGCACAAUAAAAUCUGCUUUUGCUACAUUACUUGAUGAAAAUUCACUAGGAUCACCAAAGACUUCCAUAUUUCUAAAAUUCAAUAGCUACUGUAUCUUACUGGACCUCUAGGCUAUAUUCUAUAUUAUUGAUCACUUCUGUCUCUUUUUUUAAUGUUUAUUGCCUCACCUUUGAAGAGGCUUGUUUUGAGGCCUAUCCACCUACACACACAUCUCUUCCCAUAAACACCAUAACUCAGUAUACAUAUAAAUGUAUAUAUCUAUAUCUACAUAUAGAUAUAGAUAGGUAGAUAGAUAGAUAGAUAGAUAGAUGCCUGACCUUGGGUCUAGUUGUUAAUAGGUCUCUCCUUCAUUUCUAAAGAAACUGAUUUUACUUCCUGUGAAAAAAUUAAAAUGCUGUUAUAUAUACUCUAGUGCCUGGGCACAUCCCUGGCUAGCUAAAUGUUUUCAAGUCUGCCUGUGAUGGUUCAGACUAUAAGACCCCAAGUGAUUGUAGUGCCUACCACUUUUAUUAUCCUCCCCAACAGGAACCACAAAAUUCUAGCAGCUACCCCAGAUUUUCCCCUCCUUUUGUCAACGCCAAAGUACACCCAAGAGCCAAUUUAAUGAUUCCCACCCAACUUGAUAACAAUUAAGAGUUAUUUUUACACCCAAUGAAAAGUGCCAUUAUAGAUGGACCAUCCUAUACCUCAGUGAAAUUAUAGAAUGUAGUUGAAAGAUGCAUUCUGCUGAUGGUCACAAUGAUGGGGGCUGGGCCUCUGACUCUUCUCUGGUGGUUUUCUAGGAGGACAAACAUGUAGAUUGUCAACAGGUAUACAGUAAUCACCAAGAAAUUAAACUCAAAAGAACCAUGGUAGUCAACCAAAAAUAUUUCCUUGAUAUCAGCUGUCAUAUAUUGUAUUUUAUACUUUCUAUUUAAUCUCUUUCUUUCAGGACAAAGAAGUUACACUUGCUUGUUGCUUUCUUUUCCUGCUACCAGAAAACGUGGGGGUAAAAGUGGGUGAUAGGGAAAGGAAGGGUAGGAAACACAUCUUUGGAACAGAGACAUUAGUUAGUAGAACAGGAUAGUUUUUUUUAAAGUUUAUUUAUUUAUUUUGAGAGAGAAAGUGCAAGUAUGCAUGAGCAGGGGAAGUGGCACAGAGAGAGAGAAUCCCACGCAGGCCCCAUGCCAUCAGUGCAGAGCCCAACACAGGGCUCAAUCCCAUGAACUGUGAGAUCAUGAUCUGUGCCAAAACCAAGGGUCAGAUGCUCAACUGACUGAGCCACCCAGGCACCCCCAGGAUAGUAUAUUUAAUUACCUUCACUAUAUCUCUGGCCAUUCUUUCUGACUCUUCAGUAGGAAUCUCCCUUCCAUCUCUGGCCCUUGGUAAAAGGUUCCUUUGGGUUCCAGCCCAAUGCUCUCCUCUAUGCAUUUUUCUUGGAAAAUGUUGCCACUGUCAAGAGUUUUACCUCCCACGCACAUUGUCAUUCUCUGAACUUUUUUCUUCCUGCUUAAAAGACAUCUUCACUUCAACGUCCCCCAUGCAUUGGAACCUCAACAUGCCCAAUUUAAACUCAUUUCUCCCCCUCCACCAGACCUCCUUCUGCCUCUUGUGUUUCUUUUUCAGUUAAUGGAACAAUCAAAAGAUAAAAACUUGGGGAUCACUACAGACUUCUUUCACUAUGGCAGAUUGAUCACCAGGACUUGGAAUAUUAUCUUUUAGAUGUCUCAGAUCCAUUUUCUCAUCCCUGUUCUUACCAUCACUUUAUAUUAUGAAUCCCUUUAAAAAAAUUUUUUUAAGUUUAUUUAUUUUUGAGAGAGAGACAGAGCAUGAGCAGGGGAGGGGCAGAGAGAGAGGGAGAUACAGAAACCAAAGCAGACUCCAGGCUCCGAGUUGUCAGCACAGAGCCCAACGUGGGGCUCAAACUCACCAACCAUGAGAUCAUCACCCGAGCCGAAGUCGGACACUCAACCAACUGAGCCACCCAGGUGCCCCGAACUCAAAAUACUUCUAAUUUCCUUCUAGAUUCUUCUUUGACCGUAUGUUAUUUACUUUGUUUUUAAAUUGUUAUUUAUUUUAAAAGAAGAUACCUUUCUACCAUUGAUUUCUACUGUAAUUCAUGUGGAAAGAGACUAUGCUGUGUAUGAUUUGAAUUUUUUUAAACUUAUCGAUACUUGUUUAACGGUUCAUAGUAUAAUCUCUCUAAGCACAUAUUCCAUAUACAUUUGAAAAACAUGUAUAUUCUGCUACUGUUGAAUGGAUUGUUCUAUAAAUGUCCAUUAGCUGGUUGAUUGCGUUGUUCAAGUUUUCUCUACCUUCAGUGAUUUUCUGUCUGCUUGUUCUAUCAGUAAUUGAGACAGAUGUGUUGACGUCUCUGAAACCGUGGGUUAGCCUAUUUCUACCAUCAGUUCUACCACUUUUUGUUUCAUGUUUUUUGAAUCUAUGUUGUUAGGUUUGAAAACAUAUAAGAUUAUUUUGUCUUCUUGAUGAAUGGGUCCAUUUAUCACGAAAUUACCUUCUUUGCUUUGAAAUCUACUUUGAUAAUCAUAUAGCCAGUCCAGUUUUUCUUUUAAUUAAUAUUAACAUGGUAUGUCUUUUUCUAUUCUUUUUUUUAAUCUGUUACAGUUUUACCUAUCUCUAGAGUUUUCCAAAAAAUUAAAUAAGAUGUAUUAUUUAGAACACAGAACAUAGUGAAUAUUUAGUGUCUGUUAGUUACUGUGACUAUUGACUAUUUCUCUUUAUUCAAGGCAGUGAGAACAUUUCCUAACAUAUCAGACUGUGCUCAUUGCCCAGCUAUAGUUAUAUUGAUAUCUUCUAUUUUGGGAUGUAAAUAGAAAAAAUAUACUGAAAGUACAUGAAAGGCAAAAUAGAAGUAUUUACUUUAAAAAAAAAAAAAACAUGACUGGGGCACCUGGGUGGCUCAGUCGGUUAAGCGUCCGACUUCGGCUCAGGUCAUGAUCUCGCAGUUUGUGAGUUUGGGCCCCGCGUCAAGCUCUGUGCUGACAGCUUGCUCAGAGCCUGGAGCCUGCUUCAGAUUCUGUCUCCCUUUCUCUCUGCCCCUCACCCGCUCACACUCUGUCUCUCUGUCAAAAAUAAAUAAGCAUUAAAAAAAAUUUUUUUAACAAUGCUUGAACCUGUUAUGUGCAUACUAGCUAUGUGACCUUGGGCAAGUUCCUGCAUCUUGGUUUCUUAAUCAGUCAAGGAUGAAUAAUAAUGGCACCAAGUUUUCUAUAGUUGUUGAGAAGACCUAAUACAUCAGUACAUUAAUAUUUGUAAAGUGCUCAGGACGGUACCUAAUCCAUAAUAAGUGCCAUGUAUGUGUUUGAUAAAAUAAAAAACACAUCUUACUUUACAUUACUUUACUUUCUAAUGGUGUAUGAAAGAAAUUAAUAUUCAGAAAGCCUAAUAAAUCUGCGGUUUUAUGAAAUACCCCAGGUAGUUUUGAUGGAAACUAUCAGUGGGUGACACUUUGGGAUACAACAUAAUUCUAAGAUUUAUUUCAAAUAUGGUUAACAUGGCACAAGAGGUGCCAUUAGGUAAUGAGGAGAGUGUCCCUUUAUAAUGAAGCCGCAUGACUAAGUGCAGAGCCUAAUUUGGAGAGAGAAACCAAGUCUAAAUUUGAGGUCCUAUGUGAACAUGAAUCCCAACCUCAUUGUGAUAAGCCCAGAUGCAUACAGAGAAGAGAGGGUAAAAGGAGCAGGAAAUUCUAUUUUUUGAAAAUUUCCUAUAAUGUUUGGGCUUAUGUCCUUAGAACCUUAGAGUUAGGUUUUUAAAUUUGCUUAAUUGUUUAGACUCCUCUUCCCCUCCAGAUGGCGCCAGUUGGCUGCUAUUUUCUGUGCAGUAGUCAAGGUGCCUAGAAAUGUCAGGCACUGUCUUGUUAGGCUUUUAAAGAUUUGCAUGGCACAUGAACAUUUUAUAAAAACAGGAAUAUUUUGCUGUCUCUUCCCAAGAAGAUGGUUACUCAGUGCUCAGCAAGGCUUACUAAGAGGAGAAUAACCCAGAGCUUACAAAUUAUGCACAUUUGAUAAAAUCAUAGAACCAACCUCCUGGAGAAAUCAGUCAGUCCUCACCACUGCCUUCAGGCAGGACCACACAGACACCACCCUCUUGUAGAUGAGAAUGAGUACAAAGAGAGAACAGAAAAACUCAGUUUUUGUUUAAUGACUUCCAGAUAUCAGUGCAUCCACUGAGAGCUGCUUUGCCUCCUACCUGAGGGAGGGAGGAAGUUCUCUAGAGGCUGGCAGAAAGCCAGAAGGCUGCAGGGCCUGUCCUCCCUCUAGACAGCCCUUUGCCUUCUGGCUUCUCACCUACAGGCCAUGGUUGUCCCUAAAGAGUAAAUGCCAAGCAUUAUUGGGUGAGGUGGGGGAACCAUAGGAGACCCUAUCCUGUGUAUCUCUGUUUGUCAACAAAGGGUAUAAGGAAGCCCAGAAUUUGAUUAUCUUUUUGUUUUGUUUUGUUUUUGGAGUCCCAGAAUUCAAUUUAAGCCACUAUCUCCAGAGGCUGAGAUCUAAGUCUUUUCCAAAUAUUCAAUCCCAGGAAGAAUAGUCAAUAUUCACCUUCCAAGAGGGAGUUCUUUUUGGCUAAUCUGAUUCCCAGAUGCAAAAGCAUAAACCCACUUGACUUGAGGUUUUCAUCAUAAAAGAUGGCGAACAGCUGGCUUUCAUUUUCUCAACAGUAUCCCUUAAUAGAUCUGAAAGCUAAUUUUAAGUAUUCCAUACUCUCCUACUAUUUGUACUAACCAAGCCCAGCCUUUUUUGCUUUAUGUCAUGAUUUGAAUGUCCAAACCCUCUUUCUGACUCUUCACCUCACUUUUAAGUUCUAGAGACCAGACUAGAAUUCAAAUGAAAAGUGAUCACUCUAAUGACCAAGGAUAAUUAUAUUUGCAAGUUGAAUUCUGUUUCAACAAUACAGUUGUGAUAUCCAAUCUGAUCUCCUGAGGCUUUUUAUGUGUCUCAACAACUCGCUCAUGUUAACGAUGCUCUACUGAUAGAGACAAGUGUUUUCUCUAGAGAAAAAGUCAUAGAUACCAGAUGUGUCCACAAGCUGCUAUCCAUUUGAAGUCAAACUACAUAAUUAAGAUACUGUUCUGGUUAAGUGUAUAUAUAAUAACUAAUUUAUCAAAAGUCUUAAACCUCAAUCUAUGUCACCAAUAAA